GGGCGGCUGCAGGGAGGUUUCAGGGCUCCUGGUCUGGGACUUGCCGGCGGGCAGUAGUGAUGUUGGCGGUGUCACUCAAGUGGCGGCUGGGCGUGGUGAGGCGGAGGCCCAAAGAUGAUGGGCCUUACUCAAAAGGGGGGAAGGACCCAGCGGGGGCUGAUGGGGCCCUGGUGUACCGGCGCCAGAGCAUUCCAGAGGAGUUCCGGGGCAUCACCAUGGUGGAGCUGAUCAAGCGUGAGGGCAGUACUCUGGGCCUGACCAUCUCGGGAGGGACUGACAAGGACGGGAAGCCCAGAGUCUCCAACCUGAGACCUGGGGGCUUGGCAGCCAGGAGUGAUUUACUGAAUGUGGGCGACUACAUCCGCUCAGUGAAUGGGAUCCAUCUGACCCGGCUCCGGCAUGAUGAGAUCAUCACACUGCUGAAGAACGUGGGCGAGCGCGUGGUGCUGGAGGUGGAGUAUGAGCUGCCCCCGCCCGCUCCUGAAAACAACCCGAGGAUCAUUUCCAAAACGGUGGACGUCUCCCUCUACAAGGAAGGCAACAGCUUUGGCUUUGUCCUCAGAGGAGGUGCCCAUGAGGACCUGCACAAAUCCCGCCCGUUGGUCCUGACUUAUGUGCGACCUGGUGGCCCAGCAGACAGGGAAGGUUCCUUAAAGGUGGGCGACAGGCUGCUCAGCAUAGACGGGAUCCCACUGCAUGGGGCCAGCCAUGCCACCGCAAUAGCCACCCUGCAACAGUGUAGCCAUGAGGCCCUUUUCCAGGUGGAGUACGACGUGGCCACCCCAGACACAGUGGCCAAUGCUUCAGGCCCUUUGGUGGUAGAAAUAGCCAAGACCCCAGGAUCUGCCCUGGGGAUCUCUCUCACCACCGGCUCCCACCGGAACAAGCCAGCUAUCACUAUCGACCGUAUCAAGCCAGCUAGCGUGGUGGACAGGAGUGGUGCCCUGCAUGCUGGAGACCAAAUCCUCGCCAUCGAUGGCACCAGCACAGAACACUGCUCACUGGUCGAGGCCACUAAGCUCCUGGCCAGUGUGACUGAGAAGGUUCGACUGGAGAUCUUGCCCGCACCCCAGAGUCGUCGACCCCUAAAGCCCCCAGAGGCAGUGAGAAUACAGAGGAGUGAGCAGCUGCACCGCUGGGACCCCUGUGCUCCCUCUUGCCAUAGUCCAAGGCCAAGCCACUGCAAGGCACCCACCUGGGCACCUGCAGGCCAGGACCAGAGCCGAUCUGUGUCCUCGACUCCCUUCUCCUCACCAACUAUGAACCCUGCCUUUCCCUGUGCCAACGCCAGCACCCUGCCCAGAGGACCCAUGAGUCCCAGGACAACAGCAGGGAGGAGAAGGCAGAGAAGGAAAGAACACAGGAGCUCUUUGUCACUGGCCUCCAGCACAGUGGGGCCCGGCGGACAGAUUGUUCAUACGGAGACUACAGAAGUUGUGCUCUGUGGAGACCCCCUCAGUGGCUUCGGCCUCCAGCUGCAGGGAGGCAUCUUUGCCACUGAGACCCUGUCCUCCCCACCCUUGGUGCGAUUUAUUGAACCUGACAGCCCUGCUGAGAGGUGUGGUCUGCUUCAGGUGGGGGACCGUGUCCUAGCCAUUAAUGGCAUUGCCACUGAGGAUGGGACCAUGGAGGAAGCCAACCAGCUGUUGCGGGAUGCUGCGCUGGCCCGCAAAGUUGUUUUGGAGAUCGAGUUUGAUGUGGCAGAGUCUGUCAUCCCAAGCAGUGGGACCUUCCAUGUGAAAUUACCCAAAAGGCGUGGUGUGGAGCUGGGCAUCACCAUUAGCUCAGCCAGCAGAAAGAGAGGGGAACCCCUGAUCAUCUCCGACAUCAAGAAAGGCAGCGUGGCGCACAGGACUGGCACCCUCGAGCCAGGGGACAAGCUGCUGGCCAUUGACAAUAUUCGCCUGGAUCACUGUCCCAUGGAGGAUGCUGUGCAGAUCCUGCGGCAGUGUGAAGACCUGGUGAAGCUGAAGAUCCGGAAAGAUGAGGACAACUCAGGUGUGUGCCUAAGAGACCACGCCCAGUGGCUGGCUGCUGGGGGAGGCUGGAGGACACAUGCAGGAAUCCCUGCUUCCAUCAUCCCUCUGCUUCAGGGCCCCCAGGAGCCACUACAAGGCUCCUCAGAGUGUGGGAUGUUGGCAGGAUAUCUGAUUUCUGAGCUGCUGGUGGCUACUGCUCUCAGGGCUGGCCCUGGAACAACAGAGGCAGAUGAGCAGGAAAGCUCUGGUGCAGUCAGCUACACAGUGGAACUGAAGCGCUAUGGCGGACCCCUGGGCAUCACCAUCUCCGGUACAGAGGAACCUUUUGACCCCAUCAUUAUCUCUGGCCUCACCAAGCGGGGUCUGGCAGAAAGGACUGGUGCCAUCCAUGUUGGGGACCGCAUACUGGCCAUCAACAGCGUGAGCCUCAAGGGCCGGCCCCUGAGUGAGGCCAUCCACCUUCUGCAGGUGGCAGGGGAGACUGUCACACUGAAGAUCAAGAAGCAGCUGGACCGUCCCCUUCUCCCCCGCCAGUCAGGCAGCCUCAGUGAGGCCAGUGAUGUGGAUGAGGAUCCCCCUGAGGCCCUCAAAGGAGGCUUGCUGACAACUCGCUUCUCACCUGCUGUACCCAGCGUGGACAGUGCUGUGGAGUCCUGGGGCAGCUCUGCCACAGAGGGUGGCUUUGGGGGCCCAGGGUCCUACACUCCGCAGGUGGCAGUCCGGAGCGUGACUCCCCAGGAGUGGCGUACCAGCAGACUGAAGAGUAGCCCCCCACCCCUUGAGCCUCGGAGGACGAGCUACACACCGGGCCCCACUGAUGAAAGCUUCCCAGAGGAGGAAGAGGGGGACUGGGAGCCACCGAUGAGCCCAGCCCCUGGCCCCGCCCGAGAGGAGGGCUUCUGGAGAGUGCUUGGAGAGGCCCUUGAAGACCUGGAGUCCUGUGGUCAGUCUGAACUGCUAAGGGAGCUGGAGGCUUCCAUCAUGACAGGCACUGUACAGUCUGUGGCUGUGGAUGGCAGGCCUGGCUCUCGGCCCUGGCGCCGGAGCCAGGAGGUGCGAACAUCCCCUGAAGACCUGCAGGAGCUGCUGCUGCCAACGCCCCUGGAGAUGCACAGGGUGAUCCUGCACAAAGACCCGGUGAGGAACGACUUUGGUUUCAGUGUCUCAGAUGGCCUCCGGGAGAAGGGUGUCUAUGUCCACACUGUGCGCAUUGAUGGCCCAGCUCAGCAAGGAGGCCUGCGGCCCUUUGACCGUCUCCUGCAGGUCAACCAUGUUCGUACUCGGGACUUCGACUGCUGUCUGGCAGUUCCACUCCUGGCAGAGGCUGGGGACAUCCUGGAGCUGGUCGUCAGCCGAAACCCGCUGGCACAGAGCCGCAGGACACCAGGAGCACCGGGCUCCAGUAGUCCCCAGAUGCUCUGAGGUCAUUAUGUAACUCAGCUGGAGGAGUGGCCCCCAGUCAUCCACUUAUGGUCUGCAGAUUCGACACCUGGUAGAGCGGCAUCUUCAAGUUGGAUCUUCAGGAUGCUCAGAGAACCCCACGGGAAAGGGGUCAUCCCUACUGCUCAGCCGGGAGAGCCCAGCUCCCUGCACAGUCAUCUUAGAGUGGCAAGAGGAGUGGGGACAGCCCAGCUCAGUGUGAGAACUGCACUGUUUCCCAUCCUGGGAACUUAAUAAGCAGGAGGUGGACAAUCCUGGUCUGUGGCAGGAGGCAUUCGGUGAUCCAGCUGUACAGACAGUACCCAGUGCACAGGCACCCUGCCACCAGGAGAGAUAUAGCACAAGAACAGUGUCCUCCCUUCUCCCAAAUGGUGUCUUGAGAGCCUCCAGUAUCCAGUGACCACAUUAAGGAACCCCAAUUAGGGACAUGUGAGGUACCAGAGAAUGCUUGCCCUUUCCUUCAGGUUGGUUGUUCAAUCACUUCCGUUCUGUGAGUGAUUCUGAACCCCAGAGCAGAGCUGUGGCCAUCACCCCUCCUGCGCCACCAAACCUUAGCCCAAGUCCGUGUCCAGAGAAGGGCAAGGAACAUCCGCUCACCUGCCAUUCCAACAGAUACGGAAAUAGGCUGAGCCUCAGCUCUGCCCCUGAUCCUAACAGCAGAAAAGAGGAAGAGGAAAGAAGCCGAGAUGGAGGGAGGUCGGCUGAAGGACAAGAGAGUAGCAAGAGGGAGCAGUGUCCAAAGAGGCUAUUCAAGGAGGUCCCCAGCAUCCCUUAACUCUGGGUUCCUCCAUCUCUGCCAAGCAGAACCCUUACAGCUUCAAGCAGGACUUAAGACACUUCCCAGUGGUCUGGGCUGGUCUGAUGACUGGCUUCGUGUUUGCCCAGUUCAAGGUCUCAAGGACCCAGGGGCCUCCAACCCUACCCUGUCAACCCUCUCUGCCCCUGAAGCUCACUGCCGGAAAGAACUCCCUGUUCAAGAGGACAGAUGGGGCUCCAAGAAGCCAUUCUUUUCCCUAGUUCCCUUCUUGGUUGUGUAACCUUGAUUGAAUCUGUCAGACACAGGGCGAGCUCCAACCACCCACUAAGACCCUUCAGCUCUCUGCUUUUCCUCAGCUUCUCCCCUAUCCUGCCCUUCAUGAUGGCUUCUCCAGGGACCCUUAUGCCUGGGUCCAGGUAACCCAGUGUCCUACUUUCAAUGUCCCAAGGUAAAAAGAUACUACCCAUCCAUCAUGGGCACCAAACAAACUAAGACCUUCAGCUUCAAGGGCAGGUGAAUGGCACAGCAGAGAGGUGACUCCUGGCCACCAGCGCACCUGAGGCUGUGUGACCUUGGGCAGAUGGCUCAGUCUCUCUGGAUUUCUGGUGUGUGGCAUGACUGACUGUACCCUGAAGGCCUCUUACCUUGGGAAAUCUGUGUUCCACUUAAAGACUCCAGGCUCUGAAAAUGCAACUACUCGACCACUGCCCUCCCCUCGGGCUGAGGCUCUCCCGUCCUCUCAGAUGUAUGCAACUAGGCCAAGCAGGUGGACCUCCUGGCCGUGGCCUGAGGCCUUCUCAUAUGCAAUAUCCCCGUGGCUUCUCACACAACAUCCCUCCCCCCACCCCCCC